GUUCCACGGCAAGGAGACGAGUGUCCUUUGAGGUUGAGGAGCCACCACGUGCACCUGCACUUGCUAGUACUAACGCUCAAGAACACAAUAAUACAGGAGCCCCUGCUGAUGUUGUACCAACAAAGCAGCCUGCGAAUGACAUCUUCGCUGCUUUUGGACAGCUAGCUGCAAGAAAAGACGUCGAAAUGAGCGAAGACAGUGCUGAAGCUAAAAAUGAUGAUGAACAAGGCGACACGGGAGCUGAAGAUAAUCCAGACAGCAACGACACUUCUAAGAACAACAACACUACCAAGAAACAACUAAUCCGUAGACGAUCGUCCAACGUUUCUAGUAACAGUGGAGAUGUGAACCCUGUGUCAGAGCCAGGGUCUACAUUGGUGUGCAACAUACCAGGGAACUCAGUUGUAGCAAGUGUAGAACCCAAGCGGCAGAAAACAUCUUCGCCUUCGGUUAAGGCUAGUGGGAUGAUUCAUCGCCAAGUAGUUUUGGUUUCCUCAGUAUUUCUAUUUUUGUUCUCCCGAUUGCUUACUUUUUGAGAAUGAGAAACUGAAGGUGAACUUUAAUAGGAAAUGAGAACUACGAUUUUUUACCAUAAGUAGAUAUUUCGAGAACUCCUCUAAUAUUUAUUUAUCUCAGUCAGUGCCGAGUACACCAAGACUCCAUGCUCGACUGGAAAGCGAGCAUUUCAAACUGCUUCUCGAACAAGGCCUGACACCAUUUCAAAAGCCUGACUUGAUUUCGAAGAUUGCCGAGCUAGCGAAAAGCUUUCUUAUCCAGCGCAAAGACCUCCUCAGCAUCAAAGGAGUUUUGUCACGAGAUUUUGGAUGUGAGCUGUUAUCUCCACUAGGUCGAAAAGAGCUCUUCGACACGUACAUG